CACACAUCGAUGGCUAUCACAGAAUUCCAGCCGGCUGACCACGAGGAAGAAAACCUCAGUGAUGAGUGCAAGGCACUCCUUCUUUCUUUCCCAAAAGAGAAAGGCUGGCGAACACUCCACCAAUACAAGUUCCAGGGCUUCUGGUGUCAAGCAGCUGAAAUCCAAUCAAUUAUGGCUUUCCAGAACCACUUCCAAUCUAGAGACUCCGACGUAGUCCUGGCUAGUAUCCCCAAAUCCGGCACAACAUGGUUGAAAGCCUUGGCUUUUGCGGUCGUGAACCGACACCGUUUCUCAAUCAAGAGCCAUCCUUUGCUCACUUCCAACCCUCAUAAUCUUGUGCCUUUCCUUGAGUACAAGCUCUAUGCAAACAACCAACUUCCUGAUCUCUCCACAUUUGCUGAGCCACGACUGUUUGGGACACACAUCCCAUAUCCUUCUUUGGGUACCAUCAAAAAGUCCAACUGUAAGAUAGUUUAUAUCUGCAGAAACCCAUUCGACACAUUUGUUUCUACUUGGCAUUUCCUCAACAAAGGGAAGCCACAGUCUCCAAUGUCCAUUGAGGAGGGCUUUGAUAUGUACUGCAAGGGCAUCAUUGGGUUCGGUCCAUUUUGGGAGCACAUGUUAGGGUACUGGAAAGAAAGCUUGAGUAGACCCGACAAGGUCUUGUUCUUGAAGUACGAGGACAUGAAGGAAGAUGGUGACCACUUGAGAAGGAUGGCAAAGUUUCUGGAGCACCCUUUUACCUUGGAAGAGAAGAGAAAUGGUGUGAUUGAAGAGAUAGAAAAGCUAUGUUCUUUUGAUACCAUGAAGAAACUGGAUGUGAAUAAAACUGGCAUAUUUCUCAAGAGCUUUGAGAGCAAGAGCCUGUUUAGAAAAGCUGAGGUGGGAGACUGGGUUAACUAUUUGACCCCCAAGAUGGUAGAGAGGUUGUCCAAAGUCAUCGAAGAGAGGUUGGGUGGAUCUGGUCUGAGAUUCAAAGUGUUCUCGUAGCUUAGCAGAUUUACUUAAUUAAUUUACUGUUUAUGUUCUGUAAAAUGUAAGUGAGCAUUUCAAUAAAAUAAAUGUAAGGCGUCGAGUACUAAGAUUUCCUUGGUUCUCAUCGUCACCGUUUGUAAAAUUUAAUAAUUAAAAGUGACAGAAAAUAAGGUGCAUGGACACAAUCAUGCUCAACUUUUUUUCAUUUUAUAAA